AUGAACCAGGAAGUGGCUGGUUGUGGAGUCAGUGGCUUCUUAAACCUUUUUCACGGCGAUCAACUUACUCAUGAUCUUUGUCAAUGUUUGGAAGAGAAUAAAUUUGUGAAACAAAGACACUUAUCGUAUGAGCGUUUUGUGGACUCUUACUACACUACCCAGAGCUAUGUUAAUACAUAUGAAUCCAUAUUCAUGUCGUUGAUUAAUAAGAGGUCAUGGCCUCAAUACACCGGUGUUGAGGUGAUACAAGAUCCAGAUCACAUUCGUAGACUAGGAAGACCUAAGUCAAGAAGGAUCACCAACGAGAUGGACGAAGGAUCAAGGAGACGCAACGCUUGUACACGGUGUGGUAGUGAAGGUUACAACACUAAAACUUGCACGUCAAGGUAA